AUGGCUGAAGCAUUAUUUAAACAACUUGAUGCUAAUGGUGAUGGUUCUGUUUCAUACGAAGAAGUAAAAGCUUUUGUUAGUUCUAAGAGACCAAUUAAAAAUGAGCAACUUCUUCAACUUAUUUUUAAAGCCAUUGAUAUUGAUGGAAAUGGAGAAAUUGAUUUAGCUGAAUUCACCAAGUUUGCAGCUGCUGUUAAAGAACAAGACCUUUCAGAUGAGAAAGUUGGUUUAAAAAUCCUUUAUAAACUUAUGGAUGCUGAUGGUGAUGGAAAAUUAACUAAAGAAGAAGUUACUACCUUCUUUAAGAAGUUUGGUUAUGAAAAAGUUGUUGACCAAAUUAUGAAGGCAGAUGCUAAUGGUGAUGGAUAUAUCACUCUUGAAGAAUUUCUUGCAUUCAAUCUUUAAUUGAAAUACAUUCCUUUUAAAUUCAUUGUUUAAAUAAACUUAUAUUUCUGGAAUAAAUUAAUUAUCCUCCAUGAAUAGAUGAAAUUAAUGAAAUAACAUCUCCAUCAUGAACUUCUGAGUCAAGCAUUCCUACUAAUUCCCAAUCUGCAUCAUUAAUUAACACAAUAAUACCAGGUAUUCUGCAUUUUAUUAAUUUUCUAAGUAAUAAUUAUUUAAAC